GGCAGUAGUAUUCCAGCUUUUGCUAUCAUACCUUUCAUAUUAAAUAUGCGGCUCCGCGUCGGUACACUGAAACAGCUCGUGUGCUGGUGUGUGGCGGUAUAACACGCUGAACGCAGCCUACUUUGACUAAGCAACUCAUCCAUCUUUGGAUGUGCUUCAAUGUGGAGUCUCUGACGCCGACUAUAAGCAGAGACUGAAAUCUCCCAUCGGAGCCCAGGAACUGUUACAGCACACGGGACGCUGGAGAGGGACACUGGCCCCGAUGGCCAAGAACACGCUGUCUUCGCGCUUCAGAAAGGUGGACAUUGAUGAAUUCGACGAGAAUAAAUUCGUGGACGAUCACGACGAGCCUGCCGACCAGCAAGGACCUGAUGCGGUGGAAGUCGACAACCUUAUCAGGCAAGGGGACUUGAUGGCAGCCCUUCAUAUUGCUCUUAGGAACCCUCCAAUCAACAGCAGGAACCCAGCAAUAAAGGUACAGACCAUUUUACCAAGAACUACAUUUCAGAAUGAAGCAUAUGGGGCGCAGACUGGACGAUUGCAUCUUUCCUGUCUUUCGUUCUCUCAGGAAAGAGCUCAGGCUGUGGUAUUGAAGGUUCUGACAUCAUUUAAGAGCAGCGAUAUAGAGCCCGCUGUUAAAUCUCUCGACAAGAAUGGAGUUGAUCUUCUCAUGAGGUACAUCUACAAAGGCUUUGAGAGGCCCACAGAAAAUAGCAGUGCCAUAUUGCUGCAGUGGCAUGAAAAGGCAUUUGCUGUUGGUGGACUAGGCUCUAUUGUUCGAGUUAUGACAGCUAGGAAGACUGUAUGACUACCUGACCGAACCUGGAGACAGUGACGCUGUCACACUGAGGACUCGAGGCAGGUUUGCCUGUUGCUUAAAGGAAAGAAGAAAAGACCAUCAUUUUGAAUGCUUCUAUGAACUGUAUGCUGUAGAGAAACACCGAAGCACUUGUUUCAAACUGAAAAAAAAUUUUGCUUGUGUAAAAGUGAAGUAAUGUUCAUAUGCCAAUAUAGCAUAAAUUGUUCUAUGAUAUACUGGCAUCAAAAAGAUUUCAAUCCGACAUGGUUUUGAGUGGGAAGAAAUGUACUGUGGAAGACAAAACAAACCCGGUGUAUGUGCUAUGAGUAACAUAGUGAAUACAGCAUAUUUAAGAUCAGGUGAAUGAGAGCAGCAAAAGUGAGCUCGUACAUUUGAGGUUGUUAUUGGAUUUAAUUAAUGUUUUAUUUUAUAUUUUAAUUUUAUUUCGCAUCUUUGGUCCCAUACUCUUGUUUUGUUUUUGUGCAGAGAUUUAAUAAUGGAACCAGUGAUGUACACCAAAGGGGUAGACUGGGGAUCAUUGUAAAGUGCCUGCUACAUAAAGUAAAUGGAUCUCCUUUA